AUGGAUUCCAACGGCCUCGCAGGCCAUGACACCCGGAGACGCCGGGGUGCGCUGGCAUGCAAUACAUGUCGGGGGAGACGGACAAAAUGCGAUGGUCAGCGGCCCAAGUGUUCUUUCUGUGCCGAGCGAGGGAAAGAGUGCAUCUACCAGGAACCGCAAUGUCUUCCAGCUUCUCCGCUGAGGGCGGAGCUUUCGAGGUUAUGGGACCAACUGGACCACAUCACGGCAAUAGUACAGGGUCAGAUUCCACAGAAGUUUCACUUCCCCAAUAGUCGACAAAGCUCUCCUGUUACAGCUGGUGAAACGCCUUUGGGCUUUCCGUGUAUGAUACUCCAGAAUGGAGCAUUUAUGAAGUUGCUUGGCCUUGAUACAUCCCUGGCUCUGUAUUUCGAGCAUACAGAGCGCGGAAGGCAAACGGUUCCUGCGCAGCCAUUACAGGAUGGGAUCUUGAUGAUCGACCUCGACCAAGCAUCGAUUCUUUUGGACGCGUUCACGGAGCAGAUUCAUACCUGGUACCCGAUCCUGCAUGCAGAGUAUUCCCAUGAUUUUGUCCACGCAGUAACGUCUGGUUUUCCGUCGUCGGUGUCAUCCUGCAUGACACUCCUUGUCUUGGCCAUUGGUUGUGUGGUAGAAUGCGAGAAUGGCGUAGAUGCUCUCCAGACUCGCCCGGAUGCAGCGUAUAUCCAAGCGGCCAUGGAGAUGCUUCCCUGCGUCUUUUCUGACGGUAGCCCUCGCAGCGCGCAAUGCCUGCUCCUGUUCGCGAUAUACUAUCUAUGCCAUGCGCAGCCGUGUCAGGCUCACGAUUUUGUGGCAAUGGCGUCGUCUAAACUGCAAACGUAUAUCAUGAACGAGAUAAGAGUCCAGCUAGACCUCGUCGAUAGUGGGAUCUGGAAUAUAACUCCGUUCGCACCUGCCCCAACAGCCUCAGGCACAUGGAGGUGGCACAUAAACCAGCCGUACGGCUCUCCGGCAUCUAGUUCCAGCGGGAGCGAGAUAUAUCCCCGAAACACCGACAUGUCCUAUUUCGUCGCGGAAAUCGCAAUGCGGAAAAUGCUGCAGCGCUGCACAUGGGCGACGAGCACACUCGCGCCAGGCAGAUACGUCUACGCCCCGAUUGUCGCAGCCGAACUAGAACGCCAGUUAGACGAAUGGCUCCAGUUGCUCCCGGAGACAUUAUCCUUCCGUAGGGCGCUAGACAUCGGAUAUCGCCCGCGGCAGAAUCUCCUUUCGAUUUCGCCGCAGGGGGAGUUUUUGCGCACACAGUAUUAUGCUUUCAAGGCGUCGAUUUAUUGGCCAGCGGUCUACGAGGUUCUUACGACGGGGGAGGCAAACGGGGACCUUCUUUGCCACUGUGCAAGGUUCUUUAGUAGCUAUGCCGAGUUUGCUCCGAGUGCUGCUCUGGCAGUUGCUGCGUGUAGGCCGAAUCUGUGGACUCUGUGUACAAGUGUGUUUACGAUAUCGAUGGCGACCCUGGUGGCCCUGACGGAACCGUAUCUGGUACAAGUUGCCGCUCAGGGGGUAGACAAGGGUCUAGAAAUUGCAGUCAAGAUCUUUGAGGGCGUUACAGAGGUUAGCCCCUCGCUAGCAGAUAUGGGGGCUAUAUUGAGGGAGAGAGUACAGUGUACAGCCCUAGCUAGACGCAUAUAG